AUGGACAGCGACGCCUUCACAGGUGACUUCGCCAACGCCGCCGACCAAUACACAUUCGACUCCAUCUCCGGGGCCUCCUCUGCGCUUCAACAACACUGGAGCACCUACUACACCGAAUCGGACAUCCAAGCCCUCGCUGCCACCGGCCUCAACGCCCUCCGCAUCCCCAUCGGCUACUGGGCCUACAACAACACCGGCACCCCUUACCUUACCGGCGCCGACGCCUACCUCGACCAAGCCAUCACCUGGGCCCGCGCCGCGGGCAUGUACGUCUGGGUCGACUGCCACGGGUCGCCUGGCUCCCAGAACGGCUUCGAUAACUCGGGCCACGCUGGCUCCGUCGACUGGCAAACGGACGCUAAUCUCGCGGCCUCGAUCGCCGUCCUGGAGACAAUGGCUAAGAAAUACGGGGCUAUGGAGUACGCGGACGUGGUCGUCGGUCUCGAGAUGACGAACGAGCCGAUUUCGUACGGGAAUAACCAGUUCAGCGUGACGCAGUCCUGGGCCCAGAAAGCUUACUCUUCAGUCAAAGCCGUGAUCGAGAACCCGAGCCUGGUGGUUGUGAUGCACGAUGCCUUCCAGGGCGCUACAGCAUGGACAAACGUAGCCUCGACAUUGAUCGGAGACGGAAAGAAGACAUUCGGCAUCGACACGCACCUCUACCAACUCUACACGGACGCCGACAACGCCUUGACGCAAGCAGAACACAUCACCGAAGCAUGCAACUGGGCGACCGACCUCGCGCUCGCCAACGCCGUGAUGCCCACUUACGUGGGCGAGUUCUCCGCCGCGACAAACGUCUGCGUGAACCCGGACGGUACCACGACGGCGGGCACCACGUGCGCGGUCACCGGGUGUCAGUGCCAGAGCGCGGAUUUCGACGAUCUGAAUGCGGCGAUGGUGAAGCAGAUGAGGAUGUUUGUUGAGGCGCAGUUGGACGUUUUUGAGGGGAGCGCGAGGAAGUUCUGA